CUCCAAACUCGCCGUCUUAGUAGUCAGUCCAUCAAUUAGUCCGGGCCCAUAACUCCCUGGAGGGGGGGCCGGAGACCCUCCUACCGGUGCGUUUCCUCGUUACCCACUUAGAGUUCUCCUCAGUGGAGUUCGAUGGCAUUGAAAGCUGAGCAGCAUUAUCUCAGCUGGAUCAUGUGGAUCAUGUAUGCUGUCAGGUUCUCUCUUUUUUUUUCUGAUUUUUUUUUUGUUUUCUUUUUUGGGGGCGGCGAAUUGCGGCUUUUGCGGGGAAAAGGCAGAACGUAUCAGAGUGCAUCCCAGCUUCCUGAAUCCGGAAUGUAGAGAAGGCGCCAUAGUAGCUAAUCGUCUGACCAGGAGGAUCUUCAUUUCCAAGCUUUUUUUUUUUUUUUUUUUCUUUUCUUUUCUUUGUCGGCCGGGCAAAUAUAUUUUAGCUCGUCGCCCUCUCGAGGGGGCAAGAAGAUUUCCUGCAAUGUUUUUUUGUUGGCUUGGUCAUUUCAUUCCUUCGAGCCUGGUCUGCGGUGGCAUCUUUGAAUUCAGUGUGAGACUGUAAAAAAGCUUCUUUGGAAUCGAUCUUUACCUUUUUCUUUCUUUUUCUGACUCUCCGAGGUCUUCUUUCUUUUCUUUUUCUCUUCGCU